GCGGGUGGUUUCUGGCCUCAUCCCACUACUGGCUCCAUCACCCGAUCGCUGGCCCCUGGGCGAGCGGCCACUUGGCCACUGCCAGGCGUCCUCCCACUGCGGCCGGGAAAGGGGGGGACCAGCCCUGGACCCCCCAGCAUCACAGUGGGCAGCAGGAGGGUGCCUCGUCCUGCCUGUACCGCCCGCAGGCAAGAUCAAACUUCUUGAUUUUACUAAUCUGAUGAGAUUGACCCGGCAUCGUUACACCUUUUUUGCUAGGAUUAAGGGCUGACGGCUAUGGGACGCGAAGGGGACAGCUGGCUGGAGGGCAGCCUCGGGGCUCGGGGGGGGGCUGUGUGGCAAAUGUGGGGUGCUGCCCCAACGUGGCCUUGCAGCACGUGCCUGGCAGAGAUGUCCCUUGAGACGCAGCAGCCUCUGGACUCACCGUGCGCCUGCUGCAGAGCCACCUUGCAAACCACCCCCCUGUGCCCUUCAGUGAGUGGGGGGGCAUCGCCGUCGCCCCACGGGACGGACACACCCUGGGCCUGGGCGCGAUCGUUUGCAAUUAACGGGAAGAUGGGUGAGGUGGUAGCGAACGGUGCAGAACAGGAUGCGUGGAGAGGUGUCUGUGCUGCCUCAGGUUCUCCUUCCUUUCUGAAAGCAUUUCAGUGGCUGCGCUUAAACCACCCCUGUUUCCGUCCCAGGGCAGCGUGAGCUGUGGGUAGCCAGGGCCUCGCUGCGGCUGACAUCGUCCCGGGCAGCGUGGGGUGCUCGGAGGGUCCCCGUCCUCGGUGAGGCCCCGAGCUGCCCUGCAUGGGAUACGGGACCGGCGCCUGGCUAGCGAGGCAGGGAGCGUGGGGCAGGCAGCUGCCCGUCCGUCGCUUGCAAACCACCCUCCGCCCCGGCGUGCUCGCCCGGCUUCAGCUGCCGAGGGUGCUAGGACACCGGCAGCACCCUUGGCUUUUGAAAAAUCCACAUUUUUCACUGGCACCCUUUGUUUCUAGCUGGGACGCGAGGUAAAUGCGGCAUCCUGCCUGUCCUUGGUUUUUCCUUUCCCUCUCCAGGUUUGGGACCUGCGUGUCGGGUGCGGAGCUCCUGCCCUCCUGCAAACCUUUGUCUCUCCAUGGGACCGCUCCCCCCCCGCCAGCUUCCGUCACUUCGCCUUUAGCCAGUGCCGGGCUGGUUGGGGUGGUUCACCACUUGGCACCCACACCUGGCACUGGGAAUGGUGCCGGGUUUAUGGCUUAUCUCCCAUCUCGCCUUCACCGGGAGGUUGAGUCACCGGGGGUUACCCCAGGGGCACGUCCGUCUGUCGUCGUCCCCCCCCCCCGCAACCCUGCCUUCCUGGCGCUGCAGGUUUGCAGGGAGCUGCAGAGUUUGGCCCCGUUGCUUGGAGGCGGCCAAAGGAGGCUGAAUACAAGGCAGCGAAGCCUUCAGGGACGUGUUUUGUCUGUGGGCCGCUUCAGGAAGGCCGGGGUUUGUUGCCUCCCGCUCAAAGCAAGAUCCUUCUCAAACACAAGAGCUGCAGAUCCCGGGUUGCCAGCUCUGUGUUUGGAAGUUAGCUCCUGCGGUGCAAUUUCAGGCUUAGAAAUACCCACCUGACUGUCGGUUUGGUCCCAAACUCAUCUCUGUAUUUAGGACCCUCCUUCCCACCUCUCCCAGUACAUAAGGGAAGAGGCCGGUGACCUCCUGGAUGAUUUCCAGGGGAGAGCAGAGAACUCUCCUCGCUGAGGCUUCACCCGCACGGUGGGCUCUUCAGAGCUGUUGGUGACCGAUUUAGCGAGUCGCAGCACAUCACCUGGCUCCCCGCAGCUGUGCGUGGGCUUAGCUAGCGGCAAAUCCCGUCUUAGCCUCUGUGGGUAGGUGAUGGUUAGCUCAGGGUAAGGUUAUUGCCGUGCGUGGGGCGGCACCGAGCCCUCCCCUGCGCCUGGCUGGGGCUGAUGUUCGGGGUCCCCCCUUGGUUGUGGUGUGGGCCUCGGCACUCACGAUUCAACUGAGGAGCCGAUGGAUCUUAAAGGGUUGCUGCUAUUUGCCUGUGGCUCGUGGAAGAAAUUCUGGGGCUUUAUUUUUGCUGCCUUGGAGAGCUACGGAGGCUGACGAUGAUGUCCCCCGCGUGAACGCCUUGCGGUUUCUGCGUGGCUGAGAGCUCCCGGAGAACUGGACCGAUACCCGCGAGACGCUGCUGGAGGGGAUGCUUUUCAGCCUCAAAUACAUGGGCAUGACGCUGGUGGAGCAGCCCAAGGGAGAGGAGCUCUCCGCGGCCGCUGUCAAAAGGAUCGUUGCCACCGCGAAAGCAAGUGGAAAGAAACUGCAGAAAGUGACUCUGAAAGUCUCGCCCAGAGGGAUCGUGUUAAACGACAGUGGAACGAAUGAGCUGAUCGAGAACAUCUCCAUAUACAGGAUAUCCUACUGCACGGCAGACAAGAUCCACGAUAAAGUGUUUGCCUACAUUGCCCAGAACCAGCUCAAUGAGAACCUGGAGUGCCAUGCCUUCCUCUGUACCAAACGGAAAAUGGCGCAAGCAGUCACCCUCACCGUAGCCCAGGCCUUCAAAAUCGCAUUUGAGUUCUGGCAAGCAGCUAAGGAAGAGAAGGAGAAGCGGGAAAGGUCCCUCUUGGAAGGAGAAGGGAUGAGCAGCCCGAGCUCAGAAGCCCCUGCCCACCCUGACGCACCACCAGCCACGGGGAACUUGCUGGAUUUAGAAGAUCCUGCCAAAUCACCCCUGACCAGCAGCGCAAACUCCCCGCACUUAGAUAACAGCAUGUUUGGGCCCAGCUCCUCUGUAAAUAACAACGUGGUGUGGGAAAUGGAUGAUGGUCUCGACGAGGCAUUUUCAAGACUGGCUCAGUCGAGAACAAACCCUCACGUCCUCGAAACGGGACUGACGGCUCAAGACAUCCAGAGUGCAGAAACGCUCUCACCUGUAGACUGGAACAAAAUAGAUUCCAACACAGGCGAGAAAGAUGAUCUGUUCAUGUUUUGAGGUCAAGUGCAUCUAAGAGCUGACAAAAAAAAAACCACUAAAAGUCUACGGACUGAAUCAUGUUGUUCUGGGUGCUGUAUGCAAGGGACUCUUCUGAGGGCUUUUCACCAAGUCAGAUGAUGUUACAGCACAGCUUAGACCAAAGCUUUAGAAAUCUAAUGCAGAUUUUUAUACCUUGCUUUUAUCUAAACCACGAGAUGCUCUUGAACAUAUUUAUUCAUAGCUGUUACAGUUUACAUGUAUUAUUGGAAGGUGUGUAGAGCAUCUACAGUAUUAUGUGGCAAUAUACCAUGGAAGAACCUUCAGCAGUGCCUGUUCCUCUCUGAAAAGACUAUGCAACACCAAAGUCUCUCUGUAUAUACUUUUCUAGACAAAGGUCUGCAGAUGCAAAUGCAAUUGCAAGCACAACUGUUACUAAUCCACUGUUUCUUGAACAACACAUCACCUGCCUAGGCGGAGGGGAGGAGAUUUGCAGCAGCUGCUAACAGUGUUAAAAUCAAAGAGGUAGCAGAGAUCUUGCUUUUGUUGCGAAUGUCUGUGAUAUUCUCACAGUUGUCAAUCACCCCUAUGGGUUCUGGCUGUUUCUUCGCCAGCUUUGUAUGGGAAUUGACACUUUUAUACCCAAAGACUCUAUGAAGUUUUGCACUUUAAAACUUGAACUGAAAGCAGUGGUCCGAAUUGUCAAGGUAAGCAGUGCCUGUAACUUCUCUUCAGAAGCUAUUUACCCAAAAAAAAAACCCCAACCCUGCAAUGCUGCAGAUCUGUUUCAAAACUGACUACUCACGUGCACCAUUUCUGAUGCGACUCAAAAUACUAAGGCUCCGUUGCACUGUUGGCUUUAAAAGCAAAACCACCAGGGAGUAACAAUUUGUUUUGCUAAAGCGUGUUGAAAGUUGCAGGUUGGGUGAACCCAGUAGCACAAUAGAUCUGUGUUCUUAGCUCUGCUAAGUGGAUUUGGCUGUGCAUGCCUUUUUACUGUCUCAGAACCAUUUGGUUGUUGCUCACUCAAUAGACUCAAAUGGAAUUGGAUUAGGCAACACCAAUACCUGGAUGUUCAAUUAGCAAGAGGUGCCCCUUCCAGCAGGACUCCGAUCCUUUUCCCCCACCCCCGACAGCCACAUCUCCGGUGAGGCUUGGGAAGCUGUCUUCAUCUGCUCCUGGAAUUGAAAAUAAGUAAUGGAGGUAUAAAGCUUAUGCUAAUUAAAAGAUUAACUUUAAUGAUCCUAAAUAGUCGCACUGACCGUUUGCAGUGUUUGUGGCCUUAUGUGAAGUAUACUAAUCUGUUUUAUAGAUUUGUAACUUGGUUUUGAAACACUAAUUCAUUCCCCCGAUAGCUCUUUAUAACUCUUUUAAAACUGCUUGCAGAAAAAAAAAAAAAAGAAAAACCCCUUUGUCAGCUGUAAGAAUUUAUUAGGAAACAGCUGAGUGACUCUAACUUAGAUUUAAUUUUUUUUUUUUCCCCCUAAGUGUUACUGUGAUAAGGUAUUGAGGACUUGUGAAGCUGACUCAUCAUGUCUCUUAAUAAAAUGUGUGCUCUGUUUAUCCUGCAAAAUUGUGUUUAAAGCAAUUUUACAUCUUGAAACUACUGUGCCCGUGACUUACUUGAUCUUAUGUGUAGCAUCAGUCUCUCGCGACUGAAGGAAUUAUUCAGAGUCUGUCUGUGCUACAGAGGCACACGGUAGAGACAUGAACCUAUCGCGUAAGCGAUGCCAAAACUGUGCAGAAGCGGUUGUAGUAAGCGCCUUGUCCCGACCCCGAGGAGUGGUGAUCUUCCUGGGAAAGAGCUUGGGCUGUAGGAAUGGACCGUGAGGAUUUCUCUGUACAUUGAUCUUUCUCCUUUUCUAGAGACUCUAGGAGCAUAUACUGAAAUGCACAAUACUAUAUAUGUAUGUAUAUAGUUUUUUAAGAAAACCUUAAUGCUGUAAAGAAUAUCUCUACUGAGGAAAAUAAAAGUUCUACCAUUUUUUGGA